UUUCUUCACUCCCUUUCUGACCAUCAUCAUCAUCAUCAUCAUGAUAGUCAUUGCUUUAUAAUUUUGACAAACAACGCAUUCAACAUUUGAUUGUCAUAACGAAAAUAUCAUUGAUUGAUUUUUAAAAAUUGUCAAAAACUUUUGUUGCUUUCAAUUUUCUUUUAUUAUUCAAAUUUUGACUUUUGUUCCAUUUUUCUGAUUGAUUUAUUCUUCAAUCCAUUCCCAGAGUUUUCUUUUUAAAAAAACCAUCAUCAACAAACAACCAAAAAAUCAAAAUGUCUAGCCCAACGAAAGAAGAUCUUCCACGUAUUGCCGAUGGUCUUAAAAAUGAGCUUGUCGGUGAACAUAAGCUUAAACAUACUGAAACACAGGAAAAAGUGGUACUACCAUCCAAAACUGAAAUUGAACAGGAAAAAGGCCAACAACAGUUGCUCAAAAGUAUUGAAACAUUCGAAGCGGAAAAACUUCAUCAUGCCAAAACCGAAGAAAAGAAUCCAUUGCCAACAAAAGAAGAGAUUGAAGCCGAAAAAAAGGCCAUGGCCUGAAUUUGAUUUUUUUUUUUUUUAAUUGUUUCAUUCAAAAAAAUUUUGAUCCAACAGUUUUGAUCAUUGAUUGAUUCCCGAUGAUGAUUUUUUUUUAUUAAUAAUAAGAAAAAAAAGAUGAAAAAUUCCAUUUUAUUUUCCUUUAAAUAUUCGAUUUCUGUUUA